UAGAAUGUGAAAGAAAUACCGAAAUUUGAAUAAAAAAUGUGGGCGAAAAAACAAAAAAUAAAUAAACGUUUGCUUACCUGCCCAUAGUUCAUAUGUGUAACUGUAUAUGUGUGCAUGUAGCUGCCUACAAAUGUAAAAUGUAAACGAAUACAUUUAGCCUCCAAGUGAUGCUUACUUUGAGCAAACAAGGCAUGUUUGCAUAUACGUAUACUGGUAUGUGUGCGCCCUCGAAAAGAAUCCUUUAUAACGAAUAUUGCUGCUGACGCUCAUAUAAUGCAAACAAGUCAAAUCCUACCUGCCAUCGCAUUAAUAAUUUGCCUGUGCAAAAGUAUGAAAAAUCUAAAUAUGUAGACAAAAACUGAAGAAAUCAAAAAUUGAUUAAAAAAUUUUUUGUUCCUUUGGAUGCUAAUCAUUUAUUCGUUAUUAAAACAAAACCACCAAAACCGUUACUGCCUGUCCCCAUCUUUUUGCCGGCAGUAUCAACAAUAUCGAUAUUAUCAUCGUUGAGAUCCAUCAGAGUAAUUCAAAUUCCAUCAAGCAUAUCAUAACGAAUGCAAACGCGCAGCUGACAGCAUAGGAAGCAGAAACACGACCGCAAGGAUAAUGGAAAUUUUACAAGCGAGAACUUUACUCUCGUUAACGCUGCUCUUCAUCUUUAAUAUAGUGAUCGGUGAAAUUAUUUUGCGCAUAGAUCCUUUGGCACUUUUAUCAGCUACAUUGCGUACAUAUCAGAAGGCUGCAUGUGACACGGAUCAGGUUGUAAUUGCAUGUCCUCGUGGGACCAGCAUAUCCAUCGAAUUUGCACAGUACAACAAAUUCAUAGCCAAAGAUGGCAUAAGUAUUGACGAAUUAUGCCCUACGAACGGUGAUAGCAAUCAGGACAGAGCUAAAACGAAACAUCUAUUGCGAGGUUCCACAUUCGGUUCGCAUACUCAAAAAGUGCCAGCGAACCGAUAUGCAAACUCCGGUCAUUUACCCGAAGCAUCAACCAGUUUAAGUGCGACAUCAAAUGCAUCCGAUUUAUCGACUAUAAGCAGCAGUGACAGUGAAGACAAUGCGCCAGAGAAUUGCAUGUGGCCAAAUGCUUUGCAGUACUCCUUGCUUCAGACUGUUGUUGAAGCCUGUCAGAAAAAGAAACACUGCAAAUUUGAUGGACGACCUCAAUUUUAUGGCUUGGGAGCAAGUGGAGUGGGCGAUACCAGUGGGACGAGCAGUUAUCAUAGCAGCACAACCAGCAGCAAUAGCAUCAAUGCCGAUCCAUGCCCCAAAAAGAGAAAAAUUGUUGAAGUUGCAUACAAGUGCCGUCCAUACGAGUUUCGUAGCAAGGUGGCUUGCCACAAUGAUGUGGCACAAUUGGAGUGUAAUCCCUAUUCCCGUAUAGCUGUAUACAGUGCAAGUUUUGGCCGCACGGAAUAUGAAAGCAUACAGUGCCCACAGCCUCAGGGAGUACGUGAGGAAACUUGCCUGGCUUCGUACGCGACGGAGACGGUUAUGCAAAUAUGUCACGGACGACGCCGUUGCAAUCUUGCAGCAGAUGCCAAUACAUUUGGUUCGCCUUGCCAUCCAAAUUCGCGGAUGUAUCUGAAAGUAGUUUAUACUUGUGUACCCAAACAAGUACUAAUGGAUCGAUAUGAGUCCGGAACAGAGGCAGACGAGCUUGAAGACUUCGAAGGCGACAUUAAUGAACUGUACGACGACGAGUAUUACAAAGAGUCAGAGCCUAUACCCAAAUUAUACAGUAACGCGACUGCCGCAGCAACUAGGAAUAAUACAAUGGGAAAUAUAACAUUUACUACGAAUAGAAUUUCUCCUAACGGUUCUCUUAUUCAAUUUGAAAGCGAGACUGGUAGCGUCAAUCCCGUAAUGACUCACAGUGCUGACCUCAAUUUGGAAGGAGAUCAGGAGCGUUUGUUUUUUUAUCUUCUAUCUGCGGGCUCUAUCGGUGUUAUUCUGUGCAUUGUAGCUGUAAUAGCGAGAAUUGUUGUGCAGCGACACGAAGGUUUGGGUACUGACACCCAUUCAACAUCGUCUAUUAAAGGAUGCGGCAUGAGCGGGGUAGGGGGAAGCAGUAAUCAUGUUGGCGAGGGUGUUGGAGAAACUACGCUACCGAAAGGUUUCAGCGACGCAAUUUCUGAAAUAGAUGCCGACAUCGAUUUGCAAACAGCACCAAUUUCUUUGCCAAGUGUGUCAAAAAGUGGGAACUACAUUACUUAUACUCCGACUUCGAACCUUUAUGUUCCAUCUAGUGAUAUGGUAUCGCAUUCGGGCGCGCUAGACUCAUUACCGCCUAAUAUCAUUGGAAAUACUUCAUUAUUGUGUGGACCUCGACAGUCGCCUGAUGUGCUUGGCAUUUCGGCUCAAACGUAUGCAUCCGUUAAUAACUCAGCGACAGGGUCACCAGUUAUGGGUGGAAUAUUAGCGCCAACGAUUGUCAUUGGCGCCGCCAAUAACCCGGUAGAUAGUUCUAGUAACAAUGUUAUAAGUGCAGUAGUUCCCAUUACUUCGCUAGCACAAUAUACAACUGCGCCAACAUUUCGAUCUGGUUAUCUUAUAAACACCGAAAACGUGCUGCAACGCCAACUAAAUACCGCAACGCGACCUAUCUCAACAUCUAAUGGGGAAACCUAUCUUAGUCAACAAUAUCAAAAGCAGCAACAGCAACCGCAAUCAAUACAAACACCUGGUAGCAGUGUUGUCAUAACAGCAACGUCUACAUUAAGACGUAUAAAGGCGGCCGCACAUCAACAGCAGACGCAAAUACUCACCGAACAGCCAACGGCACUUUCCUAUGAUGGAAUUGCUCCUCGUACUCUGUCAACGGGUGUGCCGGUCAACUCACAAUUCUAUUACGAAUGACAAAAUUCGCUGGAAAACAAAAGGGAACAACUGCAUAAAUUUAAACUUUCGAAAUCUUCUCCUUCCCCAUCCGCGAAACACAAAAGCAUUCAAAACACAUCGGAGCCACAGCCCGGAGGCGGACAAAAUCAGUAAAUGGCAAAAAUUUCACGUGAAUGUAAAAAUGUGUUGCAUAAGCGCACUUUAGGAAGAGACAAAAAUUUGUUAAAAUUCAAUUAUUCUACCAAAGGCAUUUCUUUUGCUUACAUAGUCUUUGCUGACAACACUGCGAACUGUAUUUAAAAAAGCAGCCCUUAACUAGUUUGUUGCCUUUUCAAAGAAAAGGAGCGCAGCAAAAAAAAGUAUCGAAACGUUAACAUUGCGAAAUGUGUUUUCAAACAACAUUUGAUAUUUUCGGUUUCUAGUUUAGUGCGACAAGCAAUGUAACCCUAAUAGCUGUGUUGAUCUUCGCAGCACUGGGCGACUCCAUCGUCAUGCUGUUAAAAAGCGGUCUCGUUUGACAAGAGAACUUUUUAAAAGUAAGGACCACCUUCCGGUAAUGUACAUAUACAUACAACUUAAAUACAGUUUUUUUUUUUUGUACAUAUUAAUAAGUAAUAAGUUGAACCUAAACAACAAUGUAUCUAUGCACAUGCAGAGACAUACGCCAUACUUUUAGUGCAUUUGUGUACGCUCGAUGUUCUCUGUAGAUUUGCAUUGUGGUUGCUAAACAAUGGAGGCUUACAGAUGUCCGUUUAAAGAGCCCGAUUAAGGAUUCUAUGUAAACAAUGGAUAGCCAAAUUAAUAAACAGUUCACAAAUGAGAACAUAAUCAUGCAUUUAACAUUUAUAGUACGAAUUAUAGAUUAAACUUCUUAAAAGUCCGCCAUAGACACUUAAAUACUAAAUUCUGCAUAUAGUUUGCUGCUUAAUUUCAGGGUGAUUCCAGGCACGCAAAUGAUGUCCAGUUCAUUUUCACGUCCUGUAAAAGCCAAAACUUUAAUAUAUACAUACUCUGUGUGUAUAUAUAUCACACACUUCUUAGGUAAUAGUCACUUCACUCGUAAGGAAUAUGAAAUUUGGGAUUGACAGAAUACAUUUUUUGUUUUGAUAAAGUCAAUAUGUACUCUUUGUUGAGCAUACGAUGUGUGUAUCUUUAAUGUUUCAAAUUUUGCCUUUGUGUACGCAUUCGCUUGUGAUCGCUUAAGGGCCAAUGCUAUCGUCUGAACUCGAAACCGGAACUGCCUUUUUGAAAUUUACUUACGAGCGAUUAACCAAUAGAUUGAAACAAAUUUUUCGCCUAACUUAACACUCAGUGAGCUUGCAGGGCGACAUACACGUGCAUGAUGGCUAUUGACGAGUCCACAUGUUUACUUAGUAACGAACCUCAAACGAAAUGUGGCAAAAUGUCCUGAUGUUAGUUUUUCUAGUUUUUACAUAUAAGGUAACAGCAGGCAUAAAAUUAUAAUUUGUAAUUCAUAGCGGAUCUUGGUGUGAAACUUUCUACAAAUACUAACGGGUACUAAUUAAAAGUAGAUGUGAGUCAUGGAGAACCAUUCCUGUUAUAGAUGAAGGUAUGUGGAUUGCAAAAGGUUAGCACAUGUACUUCAGGGACCCAAACAAAAGGCCCAAUCGAUGAAUAGCGUACACUAUUUUCGUUUGAUAUGGUGGGUAGAAAAAAAAUCGCUUUAAAGUGAAUAUAAUUUUUUUGCUUGUCCUAUAUGAAAUGGUCUAAUAUUGAAAAUUAGUUUUGGCCUUCGGAACAACGGCGAACGCGAACAGAUAUAUGUACUUCAAGGCAAUAUCGCGUGUGUCGCGUUUCGCAUUACGGAUGAAGGCGAGACAGCAUGAUUUGAAUUCUCAUAUCGUCGUGUAGGUGCCGCUUAUUGGUAUUUAAUUUUCAGUUCACUCCCGAAAAUCUUGUAUUUGCAAAUUUUAAAUCUGUUUUCCUUAUGUCGAAAUUUCAUGUGUGACCAAUGGUUGCAUAUUCUGAAGUGAGCUACCAAUCUUUGCACGUUAGUCCUUUAACCGUUUUCAAUUGUGAAAACACUUGGCUUUAUCCACUUUUCGCUGCAUAUUCUUAAACAUUACAAAUUAUAAAUUCAUGGUAAUCUAUUCUUUGGUGAUAUAUGCUAUGAACCCUUCGUUUAAAAAGAACAAACUUUGGAAACAAAUCAUUUAUAUUCAAACACUUCUUCUUCUUCUUAGUUUCUUUCACUUCACUUUCGCACUUACUGUUUAUGAAUAAAUGCAUUCAUUAAGAACUUCGAUCAAUAGUAAUCAAUAAGCACUGGCUUAUCGGGGCGUCAGUAGAUAUACAUCGCCUAAAACACGAAAGCAGCCAAUUAUGCUGGAAAUAGUUGACACUCACUCUUAAGCUAAGUGCAAAUAGAGUAACAAAUAAAAGGGGAAACGUACGUAUUACGAGGAAUGCAUUGAGCAGAGAGAAAAGAAAAAAAGGAAAUUGCGCCUGUUCAUGAAAUUUUGCUGAAUUUAAAAGGAGUAAUCUUAAUGGCCGCUUCUUAAGUAAAUUUACAUAAAUAUUUACGCAAAUAUAAACAAUAGUUAAUUGUAAUUAAUUGUGGAUUCACGUUCCAUGUAAAAGAUUAUACGGACGUCGGAGAAUUUCUCAAGCGUAUAAGAAUGUACAAUUGUGUAGAAGAAUAUGUGCAUGCAUACAUACAUAAUAAUUGAUAAUUAUACUUAUUAUCAGGCCAAUGUUUUCCUAGGUAUGUCUGUUUGUGUGUAUAUAAAUUUAUUAGAAUCUACGCAGCUAUAAACAAUUAUUAUGCAAAUACGUACAGACAAAUAGAUAAAUGCAUUUAAAUUCAAAUUUUAGUUGUGUUUCAUUAAUGAAUUUUCAUUAUUCAUGUUUCAUUAAUGAAUUUUAAACAUUCUAAAGCACAUGCACGUGCAUAGAGAAGUGAACGUGACAAAUUUGUGUGUGCACGUAAAUAUGUCUCUUCUCAAUGAAUUUGUCUAUGUAUUACAACAGAAUUUGAAUCCAAUAAGAAAAAUUGUGUUCAAUUUUUUUUUUUAAUUCUCAUACUUAUCACGUUUAAGAAAUUGUCAAUGCGUAGCGAAGGCAGCCUGGAAAACAACUUGGUUCUAAUUGCUUUUUGUAAUUGAUUUGUGAAAGAUAUUUUACUUCCGACUUUUAAAAGUGGCUAUGAACUGAAACAUUACCAAUAUUUCCCACACUGCAAUAGUAGUUCGUAGCGUUAUGCUUUUUGCUCACCAAUUUCGGUUAACGUUCUCGGUAAAAAAUAUUCCAGAUACAAAGAUUCUAAUCAUUCUCAAUAGCUCAUGCCAAGUCUCUUUUAAAAGAUCUGCAAUCCUCGAAAAAGUCGAUCGAUCGUGUGCAAUGCUACGAGCGAAGUGUGUUAAGAACAAAACAGUGUUGUUUGUGCAAAAAAGCGAAGCGGAACUGACGAUAGCGCUUAGUUCAGUAGGAUCAUUCUGUUUUAUAGAGUUUCUAAAUUCAUGGCAUCGCAGUCAAUCGUAAGCAUACUUUAAAUGCAGUAUUUUGGCAUAAGCAAACUUCUAUAAUUUUUGUUGUAGUUGUUGCACAAAAAAUGUUAUUUGAAGAAGAUUUGAGAAGAUUUAAAAUAUUCUAAAGCGUUUCUUACAUAAAUUUUUUGUUUUAAUUUUAACAAAUUGCUCUCCCAUGCUAAUGAGAACUUUCCUCUUCACCAGCUAAAUAAGAGGAAUGAUGAAUACUUUUAGUUUUCAUUUAAAAGAUUUUUUUUUUUGAAAGCUUAGAGAGAUAGAGAUACAAAACACUUCAAAGUAUGCAGUCUUAAUUAAGUGUUGGUAAAUAACAUCUAGUUGGAAAGAUAGAAUUUAGGUAGCUUGGAUGUGAGUUCGUAAUAUGUGAAAAAAUUUAGUAUAUCUAAAGCAAUAAAGAUUUUUUUGGUUGGAUCUAUUCCCAGUUCGGCACCAACUGUCCGGUAAGGUAUUUCCGCAAAGUCGCUAUAUGAAAUAUUCGUUUUUUCUACUCACUGAUCAAAAGCGGAAUAUAUAUGCUUGAUGUAGAUGGGAUUUUGAAAUACUUAAAACAUAUGUGCGUAUCUGAAUGUCAUGUGAAAUGAAAAUUUUAUUUUAUUUUACAUUCAUGGAGCUCGAAACAUAAGCAAUUUUAAGUCCUUUCAUUACAACUAUGAAACUUCAGAUUUGUUUGUCCAUUAGU